CUCCAACAACUUCCAAACAAAAACAAUAAAAGCCAAAACCAAUAUAUUCAACAACAAUUAUUUUUCCUCUUUGCUUUAGCUUCUCCAAGGAGCCAUGCAGAAGCGUUGUUUUUCAUCUGCCAAUAACUUGUGCCGCAAAGUCCUUCAACCCCGAACCUCAUUAAUCCAGGCAACUACCAUACCCCCUUGCGAUAUCUUUAUUAACCAUCGUGGGAUUGAUACAAAGAGAACCAUUGCAGGGUUGCUUCAUGACCAUAUUUUCAGGAUGGGGCUAAGGCCUUUCCUGGAUAGCAGGAAUAUGAAGCCUGGUGACAGGCUAUUCGAAAAAAUCAAUCCCGCUAUCUGGAAUUGUAAACUUGGUGUAGCAAUCUUUUCGCCCAACUAUUGCAAUUCCUACUUUUGCCUCCACGAGCUUGCUCUCCUAAUGGAGAGUAAGAAAAGGGUUAUACCAAUAUUUUGUGACAUGAAACCGUCUCAGCUUCAGGUUAUGGAUUAUGGAACAAGUUCAACCAAGCAACUGCAAAGGUUUAGGUGGGCUCUUGAGGAGGCAAAGUACACCGUUGGACUUACAUUUGACACUUUAACAGGUGACUGGUCGGAUUUCUUGAAUACUGCAACCGAUGCUGUCAUUAAGAACUUGGUGGAGUUGGAAGCGGAAAAUUCAAGCAAGAAAAGUACAUAUAUUGUGCAGGAUCGUCAAUCAGAAUGAAGAUAUUCUUUAUUCGUUAAGGCAUUAGGUUAAUUUCUGUCUCUAACCCCUUACGUUUUCCUUCAAUUCAAUCAUUUUUUCGUAUAGGAGGGAACCAAAAGGUUAAAUUCCUAAACACUUGAUGGGGAGAUCUCCAAUUUUUUUGUAAGAUUAAUUCGUCUUCUUCCUUUUUUUUUUUUCGAUCUCCCAUCAUUGACAAUUAGUGAACAAAUAAUUACAAUUCAAAACCUGU